CUCCAGCACAGCACACAGAGGCAGAACGUCAAGGAACCAUGUCUCUGGAAGUCAAGGAGAAGACCGAGGUGCGUCUGGUGUUCAUGGGAGCUGCAGGUGUGGGUAAAACCGCAUUGAUAAAGCGCUUUCUUCAAGACAGCUUCGAGCCCAAGCACCGGCGCACAGUUGAGGAGCUCCACAGCAAAGAAUAUGAAGUAGCUGGAGUCAAAGUGACCAUCAACAUCAUGGACACCAGCGGGAGCUACUCGUUUCCAGCAAUGAGGAAGCUCUCCAUCCAAAACGGAGACGCUUUCGCUUUGGUCUACUCCGUAGAUGAUCCUGAAUCUCUAGAAGUGGUGAACAGGCUCCGCGAGGAAAUCCUGGAGGUCAAGGAGGACAAGUUCACGCCAAUCGUAGUUGUAGGCAAUAAGAAAGAUCGGCUGAUCGAGCGCCGGGUGUCUGCGGACGAUGUUCUGGCGAAGGUGGAGAUGGACUGGAACAAUUGUUUCAUGGAGGCUUCGGCUAAAGAAAACGAGAACGUGAUGGAGGUGUUCAAGGAGCUUCUCCAGCAGGCGAAUCUCCCCAGUCGAUUGAGCCCAGCGUUACGGCGGCGCAGAGAAACCUUUCCUAAAGACUUGAGUCUACGGCCACCCAUGAACAAAACUAACAGCUGCUCCGUCUCAUAAAGAAAAAGACUAGAUGGUUGAGUUUCUGCUCAAUGCAGUGCAAGAGCGCUGAUGUGGACGGAUCCUUGAAGGCACAUAUAGAGACACUUCCCAUAAUUCUGCUCUACAACCAGCACUAAAAAGAAGAGGAAGAAGGGAAAGAAGAGGGAAAUAAGACUACAAGGUUGAGAUUCCACUCUCUGCAAAAAGAUCCUUGAAGGGACGUAAAGAUGCUUUUGUUACAUAGUGAAAGCAAGCAUGAAGGACAAUUGAUGAAGGGGAAAUGAACAAAAUAAAAAUGUAAACUGUUGAAUGUUUUAAUGGAGGUGUUUUGAUCCUGAAGAUGAUCAGUCUUGUGUGAUUUGUGUAAAGAGAUAACGCUACUACUAGAUCAUGAUAUUUUUAAUGGGAUUGCAGUUUUGUUAACAUAAUUCAAAAUGAUGCUGUAUGUGACAUUCGUUGGUUUACUAAUUGUUGCAAGUAUUAAGGUCACCGUGUCAAUUGUUCAGUUGCAUACUGUUGAAAUGUGUGCACUUGCACUUUUACUCAUCUGUCGGAAACUCAUCUGAUGCACUGAUUUCUUUCUUUGUUUUGCAAAAUUGCUUUUUUUGUAUUUUUACUUUGAUGCAACUUGUAAAAUAUGUUUAAUUUUUUUAUUAUUAAGCAAAAUGACUUUUGCCAAAUGAUUUUUAGUUUUUUUUUUUUUUUUUUGUACUUUUGGUCAACACAACUUGUAAAAAUAAACAUUUCGUGCCAGCAAAUAUGUUGAGAAUUUUUUUGUAUGUUUUAAUUGACAUUUUUUGUUAUUUUCAUUUUUUGAUGCAACAUAUUAAAUAAAUAAAAUAUUUAAUAAUA